AUGAGAAUUGAUCCCAAUAAUGGCUGGUGGCCGAUUGCUUGGGCUGUGACUGAGGCCGAGAGUUAUGCCCAGUGGAAGUGGUUCUUAGAGUACUUGGCUGAUGACCUUAACUUGCAUGCAAAUGGACCACGAUACGUGUUUAUGUCUGACCAACAAAAGGGCCUUGCAAAGUUGAUAGUUGAUGAAUUUCCACAGAGCGAGCAUCGCUUCUGUGUGCAACACAUAUACAACAAUUUCAAGAAGAGAUUUGUUGGUGAAAAUUUCAAAGAACGGUUGUGGGAGAUUGCCUCGAGUACCACACUCGAACAAUUCAUUUGUAAGAUGGAUGCUCUCAAGACCGAGUAUCCACAAGCACAUCAGUGGCUUUCUGGAGUUGCUCCCAAAGAAAAGUGGGUGAAGGCAUUUUUCUCUCCACAUACUUGUUGUGAUGUGCUCCUGAACAACAUUUGUGAGACGUUCAAUUCGAAAAUUGCAUUGGCACGAGAGAAAGCAAUGAUCAGCAUGUUGGAGGACAUUCGAACAAGUCAAAUGGAAAGGAUUCAGAUCAGAGGCCAGUGGAUCAAAAGCUACGAUCAAGCAGUCCCUCCUGUUAUCAAGGAGCUUUUGGAUAAAUUGUGGCAGAUAACCGGAAUCCCGUGCACUCAUGCUAUCGCCAUAAUCAACAAGAAUGGUGAUGAUGUCGCGCGGCACGUCUCCCGCUAUUAUUUGAAGACAACAAUGGUCAUGCUGUACGAGAAUGUCCUUUACCCAAUCAAUGUGGUAGACAAUUGGCCCAAGCAUACUUCUGAUGGUGUGUUGGAGCUGGCGCCCCCAAGGUCAAAGAGACAGCGUGGUAGGCCGAAGAAAUUGAGGCGUGAGGAGCCACAGGUUCGUCUUCAUGCUGACGGAAGUGAGUCAUUGCGCCGAACAUUCGUGAUGAAAUGUCGCCGGUGCGGUCAAGAAGGUCAUAAUAGGAGGACAUGCAGCAAUGAUCAUCGGACAGAUGCUCGUUCUCAGGUUGGGGAGAAUUCGCAGCACAACGGGGCACGUGAGACUGAAGAGAAUACUUUGCCUAAAUCAUCAAACAAUCGCCGACGCCAUGAGCCUAAUGUUUCGGACCGGGGACCUAGCACGCGAACGAGGACUCGAACCAGGACUCAGCAUCAGAGAUGUGGCCGGCGCGGUGAUCAAGAUUGA